UCGUCUGAAAUGGGUGAGAAAUUGUAUCUCAAAUGUCAGAGCUUUCUGCUCUCUCCCCAUACUCCAUGUAGAUCCAACAUAAAAUUCUCAUCUUGUCGCGCGCGUUAGAUCGAAGUGUAGGGUGUCUGGGCUGCAAAAGAGAGAUUUGAUCAGGAUAUAAAUGGAGGAUUAUGAUCUGAAUUUAUGGAUUGGAUGCUCUGUAUUUGCUUGUCAAUUGUUUUAGGGUUUAAUAGCGAAGGGGGCUUUUAAUUUUAUUCUGGGACUGUUAUAGCGGCGCCAUGUUCUUGUGAAAUUUAUCUGCUUCUUGGACUAUGAAUGGAUUAUUUUUUCCUUAUCACUCUGGUGAUCGGGACAAAUUUACAUUUUGGAGUGAGAUGUUCGGGCCAUCCAUCAAUUAUUUCUUAUUAGCAUGUCAUCUGUUUCAAGGUUUAGUAAGCGGCUUUCAUAGUAGGUGUAUGCUCUUGUGAAAUUUUCCUACUUUCUUGGAUCAUGAUUUAAUCUUGUUCUAAUCAUACUGGUUAUUGAGACAAUUUUACAUUUUCAAGAAAGUAUUGUGAUCUCUAUUUUCUCUUUGUUAAUUUGUGCUAAGUUUGAGAUGGAUUGUCUGUCAUAUCUUGAUACAUGUUCCUUUGGUUACUGAAAAAUAUAUGGUCUAGUGAGCAUGAAGAAAAUGUGUGAUUUUUCCAAGUUCUAUUAAUAUGGAUGAUGUUCUAAACCAUGAUAUCAUGUAUUGUCAAUAAAAUCCCCUAAAAUUGAGACCAUGGACAAAAGAUAAAGAUGUUGAUAGAACUUGGACCGAUGUUUCGAACCGUGCAUGAUACAACCAUAAGCUCUUUUGAUAUGGGAGUAUGUCAGUUGCACGUAGUCUUAACUACGAUGGAAUGGAAUUGAUUGUCGAGAGAGAUGGAAUUUAGGAUCCACUUCAAACUCAUUUGUGGCAGAAGAAAAAGAAAUGGAAAAGGUGGAUAAAGAAAUGGAAAAGCUUAUCAUCGAUCGGAUUUUUUUCCCUCAGUAUGGCUCUCAUGGUACUUACUCUUCUUUUAGGUGCUAGUAGUGGUACAAUGGGGUUCUUGACGGAGGAUCUUCCUGAAGAGUUGCUUGUCAAUAUAGUUAGGAGAAUAGACCAAACUGCAGAUAGAAACUCAAUUUCCCUUGUAAGCAAACGCCUAUACGCAAUCGAUGGAGAACAAAGGGAUUUCCUAAGGGUUGGAUGUGGGCUACACCCUGCGAUUGAAGCUCUAACUUCUCUCUGCAUUCGCUUCCCGAACAUAAAGAAACUAGAAAUUGUCUAUUCUGGCUGGAUGUCCAACCUGGGUAAGCAGUUAGAUAACCAGGGGCUUUUCGUGCUCUCUUCCAAUUGCCAUUCACUGACAGAAUUAACUCUAAGUUUUUGCUCGUUCAUUAAUGAUUCCGGUCUUGCAUACUUAUCUUCCUGCCGAAAUCUUAGAUCCCUGAAGCUAAAUUUUGCUCCGGCAAUCAGUUCCAAUGGUAUUCUCUCACUUGUCGUUGGUUGUAAGAAUCUUUCUGCUCUUCACCUCAUUCGCUGCAUGAAGGUGAGCAGUGUUGAGUGGCUGGAAUACCUCGGUAAGCUCGGAAAACUCGAGGAUCUUUCGAUAAAAAAUUGCAGGGCUAUUAGUGAGCAUGAUCUCACAAAGCUGGGACCUGGAUGGAACAAUCUGAAGCGUUUGGAGUUUGAGAUGGAUGCAUAUUACCGGUACCCAAAAAUUUAUGAUAGCUCAUCGGUAGAAAAAUGGCUGAUGCAUCAGGGUAGCUACAAAAAUUUGAGAGAUCUCAGCUUGGUGAAUUGUAUCAUAGCUCCAGGCAGAGGGCUUUCAUACUUGCUUGGGCGAUGCGAGGCACUCGAGAGGCUUCACCUAGACAUGUGCAUUGCGGUGGAGGACACUGAUAUGAUUGCAUUAUCUCAGAAGUCUAGAAACCUAACAAGCAUGUCAAUUCGCCUUCCAUCACAAUUUCUGGCUCCCGUUUUCCUGAGUAGUCCAUUGAGAUUGACCGAUGAGAGUCUAAAGGCAUUAGCUAUUAAUUGUUCGAUGCUGGAAGUGUUUGAAUUAUCCUUUUCCGAUGGGGAGUUCCCGUCCUUCAAUUGCUUUAGCCAGAGUGGUAUUCUCGCAUUAGUUCAAACUUGCCCGAUUCGGGUUCUGGUGCUCGACUCUGCUUGCUUCUUUAAUGACAGUGGAAUGGAAGCUCUUAGCUCUUCCCCUUACUUGCAGACACUCAAACUCAUCAAAUGCCAGGAAGUUACAGAUAAGGGGAUGCAGCUUAUCCAACGCUGUCCGCUCUUGACUGAUCUCAAUCUCCGCAAAUGUUUAGGAGUGACAGACAGUGGGUUAAAACCACUGAUUGGUUUACGCAAAUUGAAAUAUUUAAAGGUAGAAGACUGCCCUCAGAUCUCUGAGAAAGGUGUACAAGGAACUGCAAUGUUUAUUUCUUAUAAGCAGGAGUCGUCAUGGCUCUACUAAAUUAGUCGCUCUUUACGGCAGUCGAAGCAAAUUGUGUUCUGUUCUCCCCUCCAACAAUGUCUUGAUCUGAUGAUGCCACAAGUUUUGUUGUUUUUUUAUGUGCUGAAUCCUAUCUUCCUUCCAGAAAAGAGAGCUUUACUAUCAGUAAUGUCAGUGACUGCAGGAACUGUUUGUCUGAUGUAAUUCUUGCUCUCGUCUGCUGUGUAAAUUUUAAUAAAAAUUAUAAAUAAAUAUUUAAAUAUUUUUUUUAAAUUUAAUUAAAAA